GUGUGUGUGUGUGUGUGUGUGUGUCGUAAAUAUGUGUGACCAAGUUUUGAGGUGUAAGAAAAAGACAAGAGUAAUUAAAAAACCGUCCACUAUUACAGGUACGAUAUGUAAAAUGAGGUGGCGAAAUAUACGGGAAUGCUACCGGAAAUCUAUUCAGAAAUUGAGCACCAAGAGUGGGCAAUCAUCGAAACAGUUAAAAUGUUACAAAUAUGCUGAACAGCUAGGAUUCUUGAAGUCCACAUUGGAGUGUAGAGAGACCGUGGGGAGCGUGUCUCAAGAUGAAAAACACUAUGACAUAGCAGAGGAAGAGAGUAUACAAAUGCCAGUGCAGCAAGAAGUAACUGUACCGGAGGCAGGCCCGAGCCAACCAACGGGCAAUGCAAGAAAACGGAAACGCCACGAAAUAAAUGACAAUAUUACAUUAGUCAUGGAGUACGUGCAGAAGCGAGAAGAAAAGCGUACUCCGGUUGACGCGUUCUUGGUAUUAAUGAAAUCAAUGAUGGAUGAAUUGGAUGAGGAUGAAUUUAGGACUACUAGGACCUACAUAUUUCGGUACCUCCAAUCCAUGUUAGCGGAAAAAUAUAAAAAAUGCCUCCGCACUUCUUCGGCCUCCUUGACGAGGCAGGUUCUCGAGAACAUUCGUGACGAUCUCUUUCGGUGCUAA